GGCGCAGUCAAAGUCACUCGUGAAUCGUGUUCAAGCAUGAGUUUUGAGUGCGUUGUUACGUUGUUGUGGUUAGAAUAAGUUGCAAAACAGUUGCAAAAGGGGUGAUUAUUCAAGAUGAUUGUUGAAAAGCCAGAUGCAUUGAAGCAAUGGAUGGCUGAUAUCUUGGAACAUAUGUCUGACGCACAACCAACCAAGCUAGCGCGCUAUGUGUUAGCGCUAGUACGCAAGGCGAGCUCGCCGGAGCGACUGCGCACCACCAUGCUCGAGCAGCUGGAUGUGUUUCUACACGAGGAGACUUCUCUGUUCGCCGAUCGACUGCUGGCAGCUCUGGCGUCGGGCGCGUAUGCGGUUCGACCCGCUGAAAGCCGCGUGGUUACGUUACCCGCGGCCCCGCCGCCCCGCCGGCUGGUCCAGCUGCCCCCGGAGGAGACAAACAGUUCCCCCGGCGCGCCAGCCGUGUCGGACCGCCUCGGUGACAAAACUAACGGCACUGCCGCCGGUGCCGAUUCUUCCGCCCGUCCGAACAGUAACAGCAUGAACGCCUCGAGUCGCGACAGUGGAAGCCCAGCCGAGAACUCGACAACAAACGGCACCUCAGCGCCGGCGUCCGCUGACGCCCGUCCCGACGCCCGGCCCGACGCCCGGCCCGACGUUCGGCCCGACGCCCGACCCAGCCCCUUCACCGACCUCCGUCACCGUCUGGGCGGUUCGCUCGGCAGGAGGCGUGGUCGGGACGCGAACGAGCGCAGUAUAGACGACAGCCCUUCGGAGUACAGUCCGGCGAAGGUGACCACUCCCGGCGGGCCUGCACCACUGGCUCCGUUCAGCCAGCCUCAGCCCCCACCGGCCGCCGCGGCAGCCGCCGAGCCGUCUCAUCCGGAGCCGAUUGGUCAGACAGUGUGCCUUUCUUCCCUCCCGGCCGCAUCUGCACGACAGCAGGUCUCUGCGCUGCCCUCUCAGACUGCCAGCGUCGAUCAGAGCUGCGCGCGGCCCCUCGACACCUGCAGUCUCCACCUGAAGGAGAUUCCGCCUCACCUCAACCAGAUUAUGCCGCUCAACGACUACAUGUCGGAGUUUGGCCGCGUCGUCAACAUACAGGUGUCUUUCGGCUGCGAUCCGUCGGCAGCGCUGGUAACCUUUGACAGCUCUGAGGAGGCUGAGGCGGCCCUCUCGUCUCCGAAGCCAAUCCUCGGCUGUGCUCAGAUCUCAGUUCGUCCCCAUGGAGACAGAGCGGCCUUUGGCGGGCGACAGAUGGCGUUAUCUGGUUUAAAACGAACUGUGGCAAACCCCGACGCAGCACGACGGAAAAGUGAGCUCGACUCCGUAUCACAAGCAUCACAUCUACCACAAAAUAACGGUGAUACAGCUCCAGCAUAUCCAGAUGACUCGCCAGCGGCGUCCCAGGAACAGGACUCGGCCGACGAUCAGCCAUCAGCACCUGAGGUGUGGCAGGCACUUCCACAGUCACAGCAGCAGGAUCAGACGUCGGCAGGACUCUCCACGGAGGAGACAGCGGAGGCGCGCCGUCAGAACCAGGAGAUCGCAGAGGCUCGACGCCAGGAGAUACGCCGAUCGCAGGACCUGCUGGCUGCCAAUGUUGCGCUGGAGGCCAAACGCAAGGAGAAACGAGAGGCGGCGCGUCGUCUGGCGGCCGAGCUGCACCGCCGGGAGGCGGACCUGUUACAGCGGCAGCUGGAGCAGCAGCGGCACCUGCUGGCGCGUCUGGACAGCCCCGGUCUGCGGCCGGCCGAGCGGCAGGCGCUGCUGGGUGCUCUGCGCGCCCUACAGGCCGCCUCUCAGAGCACGCGCGCCGGGCUGACGGCGGCCCUAGAGCGCGGAGCGGCGCCCCGACCGGCGCCCGCGCCCGCCCACAGGGCGCCGCUGAGGAGGGCGCACCCGGCGGAUGGAAGGGAGGCGGGGACCACGGACCAGCCGGCGACUAAACUGGCGGCCGGUCUGCCGCAGGAGACUGAGCGUGAGGUGCUCGAUCUCGAGCUAGCCUUAUACCAGAGGCAGCUGGCAGGAGCGGAGACGGAGGAGUUACAGCAGCGGCUGUCCCGACUCCGACAGGCCGCCGUGCCGACCAGAGGCCGCGGCAGGGGUGCCAGAGCGCGUGGUCGCGGGCGAGGCGGUGCCGGCCGCGGCGCCGUUCCCGGUCGGUUCUCAUCCAUUGAUCGGCGACCGACCACCCUCAUCGUCUCCGACUUCGCAGCGGUCGGCCGGGCCGCCACCGUCGCCCAUUUAACGAGGUUCGGCGAGGUGACAGACUGUCGGCCGGCCGGCGACACUGGCGCCGCCCUGGCGGUGACCUUCGGUACCAGGCGGCAGGCGGAGGCCGCGCUGGCAGGGGGCGCCACUGUUGGCGUGCACCGGCUCACCCUCGGCUGGCCGCUCUCGGCGGCAGCAGCAGCGGCGAAGGCGGCUACUGAUGUGCAGACUGUCGAAAUGGACACCGGCGCCGACCAGGCAGUGGACGCUGACGCCGCUGAGUCUCCGACCAACCUCUCCGACUUCGAGGACGACGAAGGAGACGAUGCUGACGACGAGGAUGACCGCUCGUGGCGGCCGUAAGAACGGUUCUGCCGCAAACGGUGCGCGCAGAACGGCCCUACUGCAGACUGUGCACGCAGAACGGCCCUACCGCAGACAGAGCGCGCGGAAAGAGCCUGGACGCUAUGGCCGGGGUUGAAUCUCAUGUUACUGAAUGACUGGACUGACUGGAACCAAGGCAUUGUUACAUAAUGGUCACAGGGUAGGAGUUGACUCGAUACCAGUCAAUUAUGGUCUCGUUUGGCUCUUGGUGCGUUCCGGUGACUGGUUGACCUGCCAACUACCUCAGUUGGGAGGUGAAUCAAGCAAAUAACGUGGUGGACAAUACUUAUCGAAGUUGGAGUUCUAUAAAACUCGCCGGUAUUUUGCCUGUGACGCAGCCAGGCUGACUGCAGUUCUGGUGUUCGGAUUUUAUGACGGGGAAAAGUGAUGUUGCUACUUACUCACCGUUUCAAUGGUUGGAACUCGGUGUCUUCCAAAUACCAGGGAGGACAAGUCUUUCAGACAUGCUCGUGUUGGAUUGCCGUUUCCGCGCGUGUGAAGUAUAAACCGUUGACAAUAAGGAUUAUUUUUGCUGAGAUAACUCGUUGGGACUGGUUAUUGUGAACAUUGUCACCCUGCAUAAUCUGCACAAGUCGCAUUUCGUGGACUUCUGUUUUUAUCGUUACCACUCAAGAUUUCCUUCGUUGUUAUAACGAUUGGCUCACGUCGCUACUUUGUUGUCCAUGAUGGUCUCACGUAGUAAACGUUCGUUUCACCUAAAACGCUGUCUGAACGGAAUUGUGUCGUGUACCGUGUAUGAAGUUGAUACACUUUUGAAAUGCAUUUGUCUCGGGAGUGUCGCGAUAGCAGCUCUGGAGAUGGAAAUGCAAAUGUCGGCCUCUCCCUGCGAAGCCUGACAGACUAGACAGUUAUUUUGUCGAACCUAAUCUAGUCACCCCCAUCUUUGCUAGGGCGCUGCUGUUGCCAUGGAUAAUUUUAGAGCCCACCUCAUAAUAAUUUGAUGUGCCGUGUUGUGUGUCGUUACGGUUUCCUAGGCAACAGCCCGCCCUGAGUGAUUGCUGUGCCUUAACUCGUGUGGUAACCGGUUUUCACGUUAAUGUUCCCCGACUAAUUAUUGUUUGAAGUAUUUAAGAAAAUAAACGAUAUAUAUGUUUCCUAG